CCACGAGUCACCAGUGCUCCCACGAAGAAGACGUGUGAACGCUCUGAGCCAAUCACGUGUCUCCCUGUACUCACGUGACCUAGCACACGGCUGUUUGACAUUCAGCUACUCUCCUCUCAUGUCUGCAACAAAUCUAUGAAAACUAAACAUGAACAUUGUCCGAUCGUCCGUGUCUAGGUUGUGUGGGAUGGCCAGAUUGCAAAGUCUCCCCAUGGCUAACCCAGCCAUUUCUGGACACACUCGCCUCCGCCUCUUCAGCAGCUGGUUCCUGCCUAGAACUACACCAGGACUCUCCAACCCGAGUCCACUGUCCGCACAGGCCGAGGGGUCCGGAAUCUUCAGACAGCCCCCCUGGCAAAUCCAACAGGUUCGGACACGCAAGAGGGGCACAGAGUAUCAACCCAAGAACUUAAAACGCAAGAGGACGCACGGCUGGAUCAAAAGAUGCAGCACCCAAGGAGGGAUUGAGGUGUUACUGAGGCGUAUGCUUAAAGGGAGGAAGUCUCUGAGCCACUGAAGGGAUCUACAGGAGGAAAGACAAUGGGGACAAAAGGGUGGUCUCCUACAGUCCAGGGACAUCUGCAAAGGACUGUGGAACUAAGGAUUGGGUGCGUUUUGAAUAAUUGUGAAUAGGAGAUGAGAAAGUGGAUGUUGACAAAGGUGGUUUCUGUAUCAAUGUUAUGAAUAUGUGAAUAAAUAAGAUGUUUUGGAAAA